AAUAAUAAUAACAAUAACAACAACAAACGACGAGAAAGAGAGAAACACGCAUUUCAACAUUGAACUCCGGACAUCCUAUAUUCGAAGAAUCAUAGAGAAACUCCAAUAUACAGCCCUAGACCCCGUAACUCGGGAAAUAUUUACGAACCUCCAUGGGAAAAUAGCAACUUAUAAAUGUUUUAAACCAUGGUGCGAUUCUUUUGCAACUGGAUACGAAAGCAGCGACGAUCGCAAGCGACAUAUCGAUCGCCACGAUCUUCCCUUUUGCUGCGCCUUGGAAGGAUGCCCUACAUAUCUACUUGGAUUCGAUACUCAAUCAAAACUAGAUCGACAUAUAAAACUUUAUCACCAUAAGACGGAUAGUAAAUUAGAAUUCCCGGAGCCAGACCCCCAAAAACCCCUAACCCUUCGACAAGUUAUUAAACGAGGAGACUUGACUGAAUUUGUGUCAUAUCUGAGUUCCGGAGCGGACAUCAAUAUUCUGCGGGCAAAAACUCCUCAGAGAGGUGCCCCUCUCAACGCCGCGGCAGAUGAUGGUCACUUCGAAAUUUGCGAGUGGUUGCUUCAGAACGGCGCUGAUAUUAACACUACUGGGUUCAAGGGGAGAACUCCAUUGCAUUCCGCUGUGCUUAAAGGACAUAUUGAGAUCGUUCGUUUCCUUCUUAGCCAGGAGGAAUGUCUAGUCAAUGAAGUCGACAACAACGGCAUGUCACCGUUUCUAAUCGCGUGUGAAAUGGGUAACUUAGCCAUUGUCAAGUUGCUGGCUGAAACAGGCAAAGUCCAAACUGAUCGACACCCUUAUGGGUUACCGCCACUUGGCUAUGCCAGUAAAAAUGGCCAUCUUCCUACUGUUCUAUAUCUUCUACGGGAGAUGCAACGUGGUCCGGUUACAAGAGAAAUCCUAGCAGCUACUAUUUUGAACGGACAUAAAUCUGUUGCUGAAGCAUUGUUGCCUGCAAUUGCGAGUUCAUCCCAGGAUAGCUCUCUGGAUAGACCAUACGAUAGUGGCUUUCCACCAGAUCGCGUAAAGCUAGGACCCGACCGGUUCGUCAUAUUCAAUCAGCAUAUCUCCCGCUUGCUUGAUGUGGAUUUUAUUCCUAUGCCUGGUAUCUCCGGAGUUAAAUCCAUCACGUUCAGCCACUGUGGCAGAUAUAUUGCUUUAGCUCGACCUCAUGGGAUUGAAAUAUACGAUAUUAUCAAGAUGGAACGUACUGCAAACUCAAAGCAUGAUGGUAUUCGGGGUCAUAAAGACAUUAUGUCUUUCAGCCCUGAUGGAAAAUACCUCGUCGCAGUCACGGCGGCACAAUUCUCAUCAGUUUCUAUAUGGGAUAUGACGGACAAAACACAUCACAGAACAUUUGAAAUUACACACGGCUCUGUCAGGUCAAUCCAUUUUCGAAAGGACGGACGCAUAUUUCUUAUUAUUGUCAUGGACAGUUCCAUCGAACUUUGGGAUGUUGAGAACGGUUUUGCAGAAAUAACCUUCAGUCUGGACGUUUCUGUUAAUAAAGCUUCUAUAUCCUCAAAUGGCAAAUACUUGGGGGCAGAAAGUAGAGAUGGCACAGUCUGCAUCUGGAAUAUAUCUACAAGAGAGGUCCUAAAACGCUUUGAGAGAAGCAAUCCGUAUGAUAGGUAUACAGCCUCCCCUAUUACCUUCUCUCCGAAGGAUGAGAAUACAUUUUGCUAUAGUACGACGGAAGGACCCCAGCUGGGUAAGGUUGAAGGAGGUCCGUGUACUCAGUGUACUUCAAAAUGCAAAAACCCGAAUGGUAAAGCGAACGUUUUUGCUUUCACGUCUGAUUCUAAUCUUCUUAUAUUCGAUAAAAAACGUAAUAUUACAGAGUUCCUCGAUACGCAAUCUGGCCUAUCUCACUUCAUACUCCAAGGUAAGGGCAAGUCACUUUUUGGCACACGAAUUGGAAUUGCUUCAAGCCCAACCCAGAGAUUAUUUGCAAUUUAUGAUAAUGAUGAGGUUUCACUCUGCUCAUAUAGAUACCUAGGUACCUAGAUAGGUAGCUAUACUGAGUUAGUUCCGCAUUGUAUUUUAUCUCAUUUUUAAUUUGAAUUAACUACACGUCACGUAAAAG